AUAUCUUUUAACUUGCGAUUGUCUUUAUAGGGCUUAUUCAAUGCAUGCCAGUGAGAAAAUGGCAGAGCCACGGACGCUGCUUUCUUUCAACUCUAACAAUCCAUUCGUAGCAAGUUCUAAUGAUGAUACAGUGAUGAAGAAUGUACAAGACACUCACAAGCCAGACGGUCGAACGUUCGAUGUCAAGCCUGUCAUCGGUGUCACUACGCAACUUUUUACUGACGUUGCUUCUCGUUUGCAGCCGUCUAUUCCGGUUAUUGAUGAAGUUGAUACAAUGAACCUCGAUGCGUUAGGUGGACUGUCUUACAUCACCCAGAAGAUUGGUUGUGAGAUAACAUACAAGUGCUCGGGAGGUGCCGACCAACACGCAACAACAAUGGCAUUGCUUGGUGACAUUCUGAGUUGCUAUCCUUGGGAAGGAAAGGUGGUACUGGUCCUCGCUGCCUAUGCCAUCAUCUAUGGAGAGUUCUGGCUCACUGAAAUGUUGUAUUCAUCCGAUCGGCUAGCCAAAUCUGUUGCACGACUCAAGCAGCUACAACAUGUUGAUGUGGUCAAGCCACAAUUUGACAAAUUAAACAACUUGAUCAAGGAAAUGUUGGAGCUCACGUGGUGCAUAACUAAGUUUAGAGACCUGCCCAUCGACUACAUCCCCCGAGAUAGCCCAGCAAUGGCCACAGCUCAGUCUCAUGUCAUAAUUGCGGUCUAUUGGGUCAUCAUGAGUGUGGUAACAUCAGUAGGUCAGAUUAUUGCAAUGGUUGGCAAGAGCAGUAAGUUCUCAACUACAUCUGGGACUUGGGAGCUUCCUAGCUUGGCUAACAAGAUGAACAACAUCCAUAAUCAUCUACAAAAGCAAUUUGAUAAACUCUUUAAGUUUGCAGAGGAGAAGAGGCUGGCAGAAUCCUUUGGAGAAAUCGAGCAACUUUUCCAAACAGUCCACGUAGACAACAUGAAGGUCAUGAGGACAUUUUUUCCAGAAGAACUACCCUUCCAUCACAACGAGUCCAUACCUCGUUAUGGUAACUCUCGAAAUGUGGAGAUGUUGCGGGGGAAAAUCGUGCUUUUAUUGUUCUCAGACCUGGAAAUCACGGAUGAGGAUAUAACUUGUCUCACCAAAGCCUAUAAAACAGAACAACCUGAUCAAGAGAAAGGCAAGGCAGCACGGUACGAAAUAGUGUGGGUUCCAAUUUGGGACACGACCAUAAAAGAGAACAAGGACUUGAGUAGUGCCAAGGCAUCAAAAAUGCCAUGGCUGACAGUGGUCCGACCGCCGCCUCCUCAGUCUGCAUUCGUGAAGUACGUACGCAAGGUGUGGAGAUUCAAGAAGAAGGCCAUCUUGGUAGCUUUGGAUGGGCAAGGGGAGGUCAUCAAUCAAAAUGCACUGUACAUGAUGUACAUAUGGGGAAACGCUGCGUACCCUUUUGGAAGAACGAGAGAGGAAGAACUGUGGAGAGAGCAAAAGUGGACUUGGGAUUUUUUGGCCGGGGGAUUGGAUCUUCCGCUGUCUCCAUUGGAGGAUGAGAAGCACGUCUGCCUGUUUGGGGGAUUGGACAUGGGGUGGAUCGAGGAGUUCACAAAAAAGUUGGAGGAGGUCAUGCGGGUGGCGGAGACGAAUAUACAGAUGCUAUACUUGGGGGUGCCUCAGCCGAGCACUCCCACCGGCACCCAGCAGAUAAUCGACACACUGUCGAAGGAGCGCAUCGGCGAGUCCAAAGUCGACAUCGGGCUGAUCGGCUUCUUCUGGACGCGCCUGGAGUGCAUGCUGCACUCCCUGAUGCAGAUCCGGAAGAAGUCGGCUGUGCAGGAUAAGGUGACCCUUCUCCUCACCCGUGGCAGCAGCGGCCGGGGCUGGGCACUUUUGCUCAAGGGCAAUGGAAAGUGGUUCCAGGGCGACGGCAGCGCCCUCCUCUCCCAACUCGCCGACUUCAAAUCUUGGAAGAACGAAAUCCCCACGAAGGGCUUCAUUGACGCGAUCGACGCCAGCUACGAACGUUACUUCAAACAGCAGUGCCUCAACCUCCUGCUCCCUGGCAGCAGCCCCAUCCGCCAGGUCACCUGCCCUUGCUGCACAAAGAACAUGGAGACCCUCCUCCUCUUCCGGUGCUGCAAUGAUCGCCAUUUCUGAAUAACCGGCACCUGUUGACGCCACUACUGCUGCUCCUGCCCUUGCCGAUGCUGCUACUGCUGCUGACGAUCUUGCUACUGACCCUGCCAGCGCUUCCAACAUUGUUAACACUGCUACUGCCGGUGCGGCUGUCGCUGCUGCUACUCCUGCAGAAGUAGCCGCUAGCUGAAGUUUUAUGCUAAAUAAGGAUUGGAAACGUUACAUGAAUUUCAUUCGUUUUCUCUUUAAUUUGUUGCUCCUCCAUUUGCAGCGUGAUUGAUCAAAUUAUGAAUAGUGUUGCUUUCCUUAAGGUGUAAAAUGGACACACAUAUAUAUAUAUAAUAUAAUAUAAUGCGUUGCUGAAGAUCA